CGAUCGAUAUCGCCGACAAAACAAACGAACGUCAAACCGAGAACACAAUUCCAAAUUUAAAAUUACUAGAACCGUUUAUAGUUCUGAAUUUGAAAAUGACGGCCAUUAUGGAUGACGAUAAGUUUACGGAUGAAUUGUUAAGAAUGAUGGACGCGGAGUCACAUUUUGAGAUGGAUGAACUGUCGGAGUCAGAUUCUAUGUUUGGUUGUGAGAGCUCCGAAGAUGAACAAGACAACGACAACGAUCCAACCGACGGCGAAGAAGUCUCCGAGUCCCUGUCCAAGAGAAACUCUGACUUCAAGUGGACCUCCGACAGAUUCGAACCCAACGUCGUCCCUUUCAAUGAGACCCCCUUCGAAACCGACCCAAUACUCAUGUUCCAAGAGACAAGGGAAAUAGACUACUUCCUACACUACUUUGAUCCAGACAUUAUGCUUCAAAUCGUCCAAAGCAUCAACCAAACUUACAGAGAAUAUAUCGAUGACCAGGAAUCCAGCUCGCAUUUGAAGAAAUGGAACGAUUUAACAGUGCCGGAAUUCUAUAUAUUCCUCACUUUGUGUAUGCUGAUGACGCGGAAUAAAAGAACUAGGCUGGAUGAACAUUGGUCGACAGAUCAUCUCUUGUACUCUCCGAUAUUUGGUACGCUGAUGAACCGCAUGAGAUUCUCAACAUUGCUGUAUUUACUGCGCAAACCAACGAUGUCCACAGAUGUUAACAUCAUAGAUAUCUUAAUACAUCAUGCUAGAGCCAAAUUCAAAACAGUCGUCACAAGUCCGUCUAAGAAUCUAUCUGUAAACGAAACUAUUGUACCUUUCAAAGGGGUUAUGACUCGCCAUGACAUGAAGAAGACAGGCAUAAAACUUUUCAUGCUUAGAGACUUGAAAACUAAUAUAAUACAUGACUUUACGCUUUAUUUCGGUGGAGAGAAAACAGAUCAAUUUAUAAUGAAUGGAUUGAGGGCAACUGAAACGGUGAUCGCCAGUUUGUUGAAGGAUUAUUACAAUACUUAUAGACACUUGUAUGUUGAUGAGCGAUAUACAAGUCCAAGGCUAUUCAAAUAUCUGUAUGAGAAUGGUAUUUACGCUUGCGGAAAGACAACUCAGAAAAAAGCAGGAAUGCCCCAUUUCAUAAAGAACUUGAAACAGUACGAAGUCUCCGUUGGAUACUGCCCUCCGCUAACCGCCAUUCAAUGGCAUAGUCACAGACACUACACAUACAUCUUAACCACCGUCCAUAACGAUGGAAUGCUCCCUUUGAAGAAGAGAGACAAAACGACAGGGAACUUCAUAAACAAACCAAAAGCAUCCAUAGACUAUUCAAAGAUCAUGAACAUGAAUUUUGCCGAUAACUCCGAAUUCAUGAUGUCGACGCACCGGAGUCUAUGCCCACUUCACUGGCAUAAGAAACUCUUGUUCCACGUCGUGGACAUGCAUUCGUUGAAUGCUUUUAACUGCUGGAGAAUGACUAAAGAUCCGUAUAACAGGACGUCCUACGCUACGUUCCAACUGCGACUUAUAAGACAGCUGAUCGAAACGUAUAACAGCAGUACUAUAAGCAUAGAUCGGCCAGUGAAAAGAAACAUUAAUAACUCUGUGAACACUUUGCCUGCAGCGGCAGCGCAGCAUAUGCCGACCAAAGCGGAUAAAUACCAAAGAUGCAAGGUCUGUUCGAAACAAAAGAAACGAAGAGAUACUAAACUAAUGUGCGCAAUAUGCCAAGUAUAUCUAUGUGCUUGCCCGUGCUUUCAAAUAUUCCAUCAGGGCUCAACAGCGGAGACAGAGGCAUUUUCGUAAGGUUAUUACGUUUAUUGUGUAGUCUCUCUCGCACUUACUUGUUUUAGAAAGAGAUAGAUGUGCUUUGUAAAUUUAACUAGGCAUUCUCUACUGCUUAACUCAGACAACGGUGUGGUUAAAGGUUUGGCUGCGAGCGACUGAUUUGUGUUAUGCUAAAUACGUAAAAUUUUAACACUUAAGCUAGAUUUAGUCCUAAACUAAGGUAGUAACUUCUACCAGAGUACUAGGAAAGAGAAGAGUCAUGGAAUGUAAGGGAGCCCAUACAUUCUACGACUCUUCUCUUUCCGCGCAAACUCUAGAAAAACUACCUUGCCACCUAUUGGAGAUAAGUGGCUUUAAUAUAUCAGCUUAUAAGUGCGGGUCGACUUCAUUUUAAAAUUAGCGACGCUGAUAAUUUUGGUCUGCAAAAUUUUCCUGCGUCGCCAAUUUUAUUGUCCUUCAAGGUCAACGUGGAAAAGACCGUCUAUAAGCUCAUUCGUCGCUUCUGCCUCUUGCGUUUGUACACGUACUCUACUUACAGAAGGUCAAUAGAGCACAAGGAGCGAAACUUUCCUUUCUGACUGAGGGAAGAACGUAUACAAAUACGAGUUUUUGCCCUACGAUGUUUCCUCACCAAAAAAAUGAUAUGUCGGUCUUACCCACAUUUACCUUAUGUGACAUAAUUUACAUAACGGGCUAGGCUGGGAGCGGUAGGCGUAAUUUAAAGCGGUCUUCACAUUGGAUGCGGAUCAACACGCCACUCCGGUGUGUGAGGGACAUCGCUAUACGUGAAUAGCGCUGUCUCGCUCACACAACUGAGCGGCGUGCGAUGCAUCAGUGUGAUAACCGCGUAACGAUAUUAUAUGGAACAGAUUGAGACUGACUUGGAUGUAGAAUGAGAAAUGGUGACGGUUUCAGCCCC